AUGGCCGCAGCGGCGUGGCCGGGGGUCGCUGGGGGGGUCGUGGCCAUCGCCGUGCUGUGGGUGACAGCCGUGGGGGCAGCCACAGGGCGCUGGUGCGAGCGGACGCUGCUGGUGACGGAGCAGGAGGAGGUGACGCCGCGGCGCGAGGCCGCGGUGCCGUGUCCCAGUUUGUACCAGUACAGCCUGGCCGGGUGGCGGCUGGACCGGGACCGCACGCGCCGGGAACGCGGGAAUUCCCCCGGGGACACCGGCACCGACCCCGCCCUCUGCUACAUCUACCGCCCCCCGCAGAUGCAGCCGGUGGUCCGGAACCGCACGGAGCGUGGCUGCUGUCCCGGCUGGAGCGGCGCCCGCUGCACUGAGGGCCCCGGCUCCCUGGGCCGCUGUUUCAGCGCGUGGCAGUGCCAGGACAGCGCCGGCGGCCACAACGGCAGCGCCAUGAGCCGCGCCGAGUGCUGCCAGCACCCCUGGGGACACAGCUGGCGCCGCGGGGACACCGGGGACGCCGGGGGGCCCUGCCUGCCCUGCACCCGCCUGCCCCUGGGCGGGGACGGGGGCUCCCCGCGCCACCGCGGCCCCCCGGCCACGUGCCAGGCCUGGGCCGGGACGCGCUUCCGCACCUUCGACGGGCGGCACUUCGGCUUCGCCGGGAGCUGCCGGUACAGCCUGGCCACGGCCACCGACGGCACCUGGGACGUCACCAUCGGCCUGGGACACCCCCGGGUGCUGCACAUGACCUUCGGGACGGACACGGUGGUGGCCGAGGGACGGAACGUGUCGGUGAACGGGGCGGCAGUGCCGGAGGGACGCCCCUACCUGCACAAAGGGCUCGGUGUCACCUGGCCGGGUGACUGGGUGGCCGUGGCCAGCAGCCUGGGUGUGCGGGUGGCCUGGGACAGUGACCUGGCAGUGACAGUGACAGCGGAGCCCGAACUGCGCGGUGGCACCUGGGGGCUCUGUGGCACCUACACCGACGACCCCGCAGACGACUUCGUGCGCCCUGACGGGGACAUCGCUGCCGUCGCCGCCGCCUUUGGCAACGCCUGGAAGGUGCCGGUGGCUGGCACAGAGCCCCCGUGCAGGGACGUGCCGGAGGGUGGCACCAGGUGUGGCCCAGGUGAGCUGGCACCGGCGGUGGCCACGUGUGGGCAGCUGCUGGCCCAGCCCUUCCGGCAGUGCCACGGCGAGGUGGACCCCAGUGGGUUCUAUGCAGCGUGUGUGGCACUGCUGUGCGGGGACGGGGACCCCGUGUCACCGCCCGGUCCCCUGCCAUCCCCCGCUCCCCUGCCACCCCCCGGUCCCCUGCCAUCCCCCGGUCCCCUGCCACCCCCCGGGCCCCCGCCCCCCGCCGCCUGCGACACCUUCGCCGCCUACGCCCGGGAGUGCUCCCGCCGCCAGGUCGAUGUCCCCUGGCGCCAUCCCGGCUUCUGCGAGCGCCGCUGCGACGCGGGGCAGCGCUUCUCCGACUGCGUGUCCCUGUGCCCGGUCACCUGUGUCACCGCGGGCAGCGCCGAGCAGGGGACCUGCCACCGCCACUGCCACGGCGGCUGCGAGUGCGGCCCGGGGCUGGCCCGGGACGGGGCGAGCUGUGUCCCCCCGGCCGCCUGCCCCUGCCACCACCGGCGACAGCGCUACGAGCCCGGCCAGAACAUCCGCCAGCGCUGCAACCGCUGCACGUGCGAGGGUGGCCGCUGGCGCUGUGACCAGCAGCGGUGCCCGGCCGAGUGCGCGGUGCUGGGGGGACGUCACUUUGUCACCUUCGACCGCCGCCGCUUCUCCCUGCCGGCCACCUGCGCCCACACCCUGGUGGAGGACUUCGUGGCGGGGCGGCUGCUGAUCACAGCCGAGCACGAGCCGUGUGACAGCCACCGGCCCCUCGGCUGUCCCCGCAGCCUCACUGUCACCACCAGCCGCACCACGGCCCGGCUCCACGGCACAGGGGAGGUGACAGUGGCCGGGCGGGAGGUGACGCUGCCCUUCUCCGGUGCCGAGCUGAGCAUCCGCCGCGCGUCCUCGGCCUUCCUGCACCUGCAGCUGCCCGAUGCCCACCUGCUCUGGGGCCUGGGGACCCCCGACACCUUCAUCACCCUCCAGCCCGCCAUGGCCGGCACGGUGCGGGGGCUCUGCGGGACCUUCAACGGGGACCAGCGUGACGAAUUCACGACGCCGGAGGGGGACGUGGAGCCGGGAGUCGCCGCCUUCGCCAACGCCUUCCGGGCGGCCGGAGCCUGCCCGGCGCUGGGCCCCGGCAUUCCCGAUCCCUGCGUCGGCUUCCCCGGGAGCCGGGAGCGCGCCGAGGCCGCCUGCGCCGUGCUCGUGGGGCCGGCCUUCCAGCCGUGUCACCGCGUGGUGGAUCCGGAGCCGUUCCUGGAGCUGUGCCGCUGGGACGUGUGCUCCUGCCGGGAGCGGGAGCAGGAGCGGUGCCUGUGCCCGGCGCUCGGCGCCUACGGCCGGGAAUGCGCCCGGGAGGGGACGGAGCUGGAGUGGAGGAACCGGAGCCUCUGCGACGAGCCGUGUCCCGGGGGGCAGCAGUACCGGGACUGCGGGGGUCCCUGCGGCCGUUCCUGCUCAGAGCCCCCCGGAGCCAGUGACUGUCCCCCUCCGGACACCCUCUGCGUCCCCGGCUGCCGCUGCCCCCCGGGGCUGCUGCUGGCCCAGGGGGGCCAGUGUGUGCCCCCUGCCGCCUGCCCGUGUCCCCGCGGCGCCCGCCUGUACCCGCCCGGCGCCCGCAUCCGCCGCGGCUGCCAGGCCUGUGUGUGCGCAGGGGGGUCGUGGCGCUGCGCCCCCGCCCCGUGUCCCCCCGCCCCGCGCUGUCCCCCGGGGCUGCUGCACGCGCCGGGGUCCUGCCUGCGCCGCUGCGACCCCGCCGAGCCCUCCGGCACCUGCGGCGGCCCCGCCGACGGCUGCGUGUGUCCCCCCGGCACCCUGUUCCUGGGCGGGCGCUGCGUGUCACCGGACGAGUGUCCCUGUCACCACGGCGGGCAGCUGUACCCGCCCAACGCCACCAUCGCCCGCGACUGCAACACCUGCGUGUGCCAGGGACAGCGGUGGCACUGCGGGCGCGAGGAGUGCGCGGGGACCUGCGUGGCCACGGGGGACCCCCACUAUGUCACCUUCGAUGGCCGCGCCUUCACCUUCGCGGGGGACUGCGAGUACCUGCUGGCCCGCGAGGCCACCGGGCUCUUCGCUGUCACCGCCGAGAACGUCCCCUGCGGCGCCAGCGGCGUCACCUGCACCAAGUCCGUGGUGGUGGCCAUGGGGAACACCGUGGUGCACAUGCUGCGGGGGCGAGAGGUGACAGUGAACGGGGUGGCCGUGCGACCCCCCAAGGUGUUCGGGGGCUCGGGGCUGGCGCUGCAGCGCGCGGGGCUCUUCCUGCUGCUCCUCACGCGCCUGGGGGUGGCCGUGCUGUGGGACGGAGGGACCCGCGUGUACGUGCGCGUGUCCCCGCGGCUGCGCGGCCGCCUGGCCGGGCUCUGCGGGAACUUCGACGGCGACGCCGAGAACGAUUUCGGGAGCCGGGACGGGGCCCUCGAGGCGACCCCCGAGAUCUUCGGGGACUCCUGGCGCCUCAGCCCGCUCUGCCCCGAGGCCGACGGCCACCGCCCGCACCCCUGCGAUGACAGCCCCCAGCGCUCGGCCUGGGCGCGGGGCCGCUGCGGGGUCCUGCGGCACCAGCUCUUCGCCCCCUGCCACGACCUGGUGCCCCCCCAGCGCUUCUACGAGUGGUGCCUGUUCGACGCCUGCGGGUGCGACAGCGGCGGGGACUGCGAGUGCCUGUGCACGGCGCUCGCCGCCUACGCCGAGGAGUGCGGCCGGCGGGGGAGACCCCUGCGCUGGCGGAGCCAGGGGCUGUGCCCCCUGCAGUGCGAGGGGGGGCAGGAGUACAGCCCCUGCGGCCCCCCCUGCCCCCCCACCUGCCGCGACCUCGGCCGCGACCCCCCCGAGCUCUGCGGGGCCCUGGGGUGUCUCGAGGGCUGUUUCUGCCCCCCCGGGCGGGUCCUGCACGACGGGCUGUGCGUGGACCCCCCCGCCUGCCCCUGCUUUUGGGACGGCUUCGCCUUCCCGGCCGGGGCCACCGUGACCCAGGGCUGCAGCAACUGCACGUGCCUCGAGGGGCGCUGGCAGUGCCCCCCGACCGCGUCCCCGUGUCCCGCCGCCCCCGGCUGCGCCCCGUGGGAGUUCCGGUGCCGGGGCGGGGGUCUCUGCGUGCCGGGAGCGUGGCUCUGCGACAACGAGGACGACUGCGGGGACGGCUCGGACGAGCUGUGCGACCCCCCCUGCGCCCCCCACCAGCCCCGCUGCCCCGGCGGGCGCUGCCUGCCCUGGGGGGCCCGGUGCGACGGUGUCACCCACUGCCCCGACGGCUGGGACGAGGCGGGGUGUCCGCCCCGGGCCUGCGCCCCCCCCGAGUUCGCCUGUGCCGGGGGUCGCUGCCUCCCCCCGGCGCGGGUCUGCGACGGGCGGCUCGAUUGUCCCCCCGGGGACGACUCGGACGAGGCGGGCUGCGCCCCCCGGUGCGGGCCGGGGCAGUUCAGGUGCGGGGGGGGCAGGUGCGUCCCCUACCCCCACCGCUGCGACGGCCGCGACGACUGCGGGGACGGGAGCGACGAGAGCGGCUGCGCCUGCCCCGAGGGGCACCUGCCGUGCCCCGGGGGGGGCUGCCAGCCCCCCGCCGCGCUCUGCGACGGCCACCGCCACUGCGCCGACGGCGCCGACGAGGCCAACUGCCCCGCGCGGGCCACCUGCGCCCCCGGGACCGUCCCCUGUCCCGACGGCUCCUGCGUGCCGGAGGUCGCCGUGUGCGACGGCGCUCGCGACUGUCGCGACGGCUGGGACGAGAGUCCUGCGGGGUGCGCGGUGGCGCUGCCCCCCGCGCCGCUGUCACUCCCCGUCACCGACACUGUCCCCGGCGCUGCCAACGCCUCGGCAGCGCCCUGCCCGCCCCGGUCCCUGCGCUGCGACAGCGGCGGGUGCGUCCCGCGGGGGUGGCGCUGCGAUGGCGACAGCGACUGUCCCGAUGGCAGCGACGAGGGGGGCUGCGACCCCCCGUGCGCCCCCGGCCACCUGCCCUGCGACCCCCCCUGCGACCCCGGCCACGGCCCCUGCGCCCCGGCCUGCGUCCCCCCCCGCCGCCUCUGCGACGGCGUCCCCGACUGUCGCGACAGCGCCGAUGAGAGCCCCCAGCUCUGCGAGCCCCCCGGCCCCGGGAGCAGCCCGCGGGGUCCCUGCGCAGAGUUCGACUGCGGGGACGGGGAAUGUGUCACCUUCCAUCAGGUGUGUGACGGGCUGCGGGACUGCGGCUCGGCUGGGGACGAGCGGGGCUGCGGCUUCUGGGGGCCCUGGGGGCCCUGGGGGUCCUGCAGCCGCCCCUGCGGGCCCGGGGGGCAGCGCCGCGCUCGGGGGUGUCACCAGCGCCACCCCGGGCUGCUCCGGGGCUGCCGGGGGCCGCGCGAGCAGGAGAGACCCUGCUUCCACCGGGCCUGCCCGGUGGACGGCGCGUGGGGCCCGUGGGGGCCCUGGUCCGACUGCCCGGGGGGCUGCGGGGGGGUCCGGCUGCGCAGGAGGGGGUGCCAGCCCCCCCAGAACGGCGGGCCGCGCCUGCGAGGAGCUGCGCGGGGGGAGCCCCGGAGCCCUGGAGAUGGGUGGGUGCGGGGGGGGGGGGCCCCCUGUGCCCCGGGGGGGUGCCCCAACGCCUCGGAGUGCGCGGAGGGGCUGCGCCCCCUCCCCUGCGCCCCCUGCCCCGCCUCCUGCGCCGACCUGGCGGCCGCCGUCACCUGCCCGCGGCCCCCGCCCUGCCGCCCAGGGUGCUGGUGCCCGGCGGGGCAGGUGCUGGACGCCCCCGAGCCGGGCGCGGGGCCCGCGGGGUGCGUGCGACCGCGGGAGUGCCCGUGCCGGGCCGGGGGGCGCCGCUACCCCCCGGGCGCCCCGGUGCCGCUCGGUUGUCGCCUCUGCACCUGCCUCGAGGGGCAGCUGCGACACUGCCGCCCCCACCCCGGCUGCUCAGUGGACUGCGGGUGGUCGUCGUGGUCGCCGUGGGGCGCGUGCGCGGGCACCUGCGGGACCCCCGGCGUGCAGUGGUCCUUCCGCAGCCCCUCGAACCCGGCCCGGCGCGGGGCGGGCCGGCACUGCCGCGGCAUCUACCGCAAGGCCCGACGGUGCCGCACGGCGCCGUGCCGGCGGUGCCAGGAGCGGGGCCGCUGGCGCGUCCCCGGCGAGCGCUGGCGCGGGGGCCCCUGCCAGGUGUGCCAGUGCCUGCCGGGUGGGGCCGUCCGCUGUGUCCCCUACUGUCCCCUCCGCGAGUCCGGCUGUCCCCAGGGCCAGGUGCUGCGGGAAGGUGACGGCGGGUCCUGCUGCGCCUGCGGCCCCGCGGGUGACAACGCCACGGCCACCCCGCCCGGGAUGACGACAGCGCUGUCCCACCCCGCGCCGGCCGAGGCCCCCGGCAGCCCCGGCCCCACGGCCGGGCCCGAGGGGCCCAGAAGCGCCGAGACCCCCCCGGAGCCCCCCAGCGAGGACGAGGGCACCCCCAGAACCGCGACCCCACCCGAGGACACCCCGAGGCCCCCCGGAGGCCCCGCGACCCCCCACGAGCCCCCCCAGCUCCGUGCGUUGUCCUCGCUGGCUCCCACGGGGGUCCCCGCCGCGACCCCCCCAGGCUGCGCCCCCCCGCCCUGGGGGGGGUGGGGGUCCUGCAGCCGCUCCUGCGGGUUGGGGGUCGCUCUGCGGCGCCGGGGGGAGACCCCGCCCGAGGGGGGCUGCGCCCACGCCCCCAACACCGACACCCGCGUCUGCUUCCUGCGAGCCUGCCCAGUGGCGGGCGGGUGGGCGCCCUGGGGGUCCUGGAGCGCCUGCGACGCCCCGUGCGGGGCGGGGCACCAGACCCGCCGCCGCAGCUGCAGCGACCCCCCCCCAAAAAACGGGGGGCGGCGGUGCGAGGGAGGGGCCCUGCAGAGCCGGCCCUGCAACCUGCGGCCUUGCGGGGACCCCCCAGGCUGCCGGUGCCGGGCCGGGCUGGUCCUGCAGGGGAGCGGCUGCAUCGAGCCCGGGUACCCCAAAACCCCACUGUACCCCAACCCCGUAACCCAGACACCUCUGUACCCCAAAUCCCACCCCGCCUGCGGGGUCCCUGCGGGGGUGAUGGGGGUCCCCGGGAAUCGGGGCCCCCCUGAAUCGUGCGGGUGGUCGCGCUGGACCCCCUGGACCCGCUGUGACUGCGGCACCGGGACCCGGCAGCGCUUCAGGUCUCCCACCAACCCCGCGGCCGCAGCGGGCGGUGCCCCCUGCACCGGGACCCCCCGAGAGGUUCGGGGCUGUCCCGAGCUCUGCGGACCCGAGCCCGCGAGCGCGGGGCCACCUGGGGCCACCGAGGCGCCCUGGCCCCCGGGGUCCCCUCCACGGCCGCCGGGGGGCACAGAGACCCCAGAGUCCCCAGGGUCGCCGUGGGCCCUGGAGCCGGCGUGGGGCUCGGAGCCGCCCGGGGUGCCGGCGUCCCUGGAGCCGCUGUGGGUCCCGGAGCCCCCGGAGCCCCCGGAGUCCCCGGAGCCCCCCGAGCCCCCGGAGUCCCCCGAGCCCCCGGAGUCCCCGGAGCCCCCGGAGUCCCCGGGGCCCGCGCUCGGCCGGUGGUCGCCGUGGAGCACGGAGUCCCCGGGGGUGGCGGUGUCGCCGUGGGGCACCGGGCCCGGCCAGGCCCCCGAGCCGCCGGUCGCCGCCCGGGGCCGGUGGUCGCCGUGGGGGCCCUGGGGCGGCUGCAGCGCCCGGUGCGGGGGGGGCGAGCGCUGGCGGCGUCGGGGCUGCGGGACCCCCCCGUGCCCGGGGCCGGCGCUGCAGAGCCAGAGCUGCCACAGCCACGUGUGUCGCGAGGCCGGGUGCCCCCCGGGCCGGACCUUCCGUGAGUGCGGGGGGGGCUCCGGGUGCCCCCGGAGCUGCGCCCACCUUGGGGGGGCCGUGGGGUGCGCGGGGGGGUGCCAGGAGGGCUGUCACUGCCCCCCCGGCACCUUCCUGCACCGCCGCACCUGCCUGCAGCCCCAACAGUGCCCCUGCUCGGUGCCGGCCGCGCUGCUGCGGGGGGGCACGCCCGGGACUCCUCCCGGGAGCCCCCCCGGGACCACCCCCGACCCGGAGCCCCCCGGGAGCCCCGCCGGGGACCCCCCGAUCGUGGAGCUGCCGCCGGGCGGGACCCUGUCCGUGGGUUGCGCCCUCUGCACGUGCCUGUGGGGCCGCCUGCGCUGCGGCCCCCCCGGGGGCUCCCCCUGCAACGGGACCCCCACGGCGACACCGACCUGCCCGAGCCCCCCCUGCGCCGCGGAGCCCGGCCCCACAGCGGAUCUCGGCCCUAUAUCGGAGCCCGGCCCCACAGCGGAUCUCAGCCCCAUAUCGGAUCUCGGCCCCAUAUCGGAGCCCGGCCCCACAGCGGAUCUCAGCCCCAUAUCGGAUCUCAGCCCUAUAUCGGAUCUCGGCCCCACAGCGGAGCCCGGCCCCACAGCGGAUCUCAGACCCAUAUCGGAUCUCGGCCCCAUAUCGCAUGUCAGCCCCACACUGGAUCACGGCCCCACAGCGGAUCUCAGCCCCAUAUCAGAGCCCGGCCCCACACUGGAUCACGGCCCCAUAUCGGAUCUCGGCCCCACAGCGGAUCUCAGCCGCACACCGGAUCUCAGCCCCAUAUCAGAGCCCGGCCCCACACUGGAUCACGGCCCCAUAUCGGAUCUCGGCCCCACAGCGGAUCUCAGCCGCACACCGGAUCUCAGCCCCAUAUCAGAGCCCGGCCCCACACUGGAUCACGGCCCCAUAUCGGAUCUCGGCCCCACAGCGGAUCUCAGCCCCACAGCCCCAGGGGACGAGGAGGAGGCCGGGGGGUCGCCGGCGGUCCCGGUGGUCCCGUGGGGGCCGUGGGGGCCGUGGGGGCCCUGCAGCCACACCUGCACCCGCCCCGAGAGCCCCGCGAGCCGGAGCCGCCGCCGGGGCUGCGCGGGGGGAAACUGCGGGGCGGGGGGCAGCAGCCAGCGACGGCCCUGCAACCUGCCCCACUGCCAGGCGCCCCCCUGCGUGACGCCCCCCUGCCCGUGCCGGUGGAGCCCCUGGGGGCCCUGGGGGUCCUGCUCGCGUCCCUGCGGGGGGGGGCAGCAGCGGCGGCUCCGGGCCUUCGCCCCCCCCGGCCCCGGGGACCCCUGGUGCCCCCAAAUCCGGGGGGGCCACGAGCAGCGGCGGCCGUGCGGGGUGACGGCGUGUCGGGUGAACGGCGCGUGGUCCCCCUGGGGUCCCUGGUCGCGCUGUGACGUCACGUGCGGGGGGGGCCGCUCCGUGCGCAGCCGCUCCUGCUCCCGCCCCCCCCCAAAAAACGGGGGCAGCCCCUGCCCCGGGGGGGGGCACGAGCUGCGGGUCUGCAACCCCCGGCCCUGCGGCCCGCGGUGCCCCCCCGGGCAGACGGUGUCCCCCUGUGCCAGCCGGUGCCCGCGGAGCUGCCGGGACCUGCAGGAGGGGGUGUCCUGCGAGGGGGGGGCCCCCUGCGAGCCCGGCUGCCGCUGCCCUCCCGGGACGCUGGAGCAGGACGGGGGCUGUGUCCCCCCCGCGCUGUGCGAGUGCCUGGACGCGGGGGGACACCUCUGGGUGCCGGGGGGGGGCGGCCACCCCCGGGACUGCCGGAACUGCACCUGCGCGGGGGGGCGGCUGCGCUGCGUCCCGGGGGGGUGUCCCCCCCCCACCUGCGCCUGGAGCCGCUGGAGCCAGUGGGGACCCUGCAGUGUCACCUGCGGGGGGGGGCGGCAGGAGCGGUACAGGGCGGGGGGGGGACCCUGCGGGGCCCCCCAGGAGCAGGCUCGGCGCUGCGAGGAGACGCCGUGCCCCCCCGUGUGCCCCUGGGCGGGGGGCGAGCGGGGGCUGGGCGAGCGCUGGAGCCCCGGCCCGUGCCGGCAGUGCACCUGCACCCCCGAGGGACCCGAGUGCUGGGACACGCCGUGUGCGGCCGAGCCGUGUGACUGGAGUCCCUGGGGGCCCUGGGGACCCUGCGGAGACCCCUGUGCGGGGGGGUCGCGCCUGCGCCACCGGCACCCCCUGAAGCCCGAGACCCCCGGGCGGGCGUGCGCGGGGGUCCGCACCCAGAGCGAGAGCUGCACCUCCAGCGCCUGCCCCGAUCCCGGCUGCGGCGGGGGGGGCCGGACCCGCAGCCCCUGCGCCGGGCGGUGCCCCCGGACCUGCGCGGACACCUGGGCGCCGGUGCUGUGUCUGCAGGGGCCCUGCGAGCCAGGCUGCCGGUGCCCCCCCGGGCAGCUGCUGCAAGACGGGCGCUGCGUCCCCCUGAGCCGCUGCCGCUGCGGGACCCCCGGCGGGGAGCACGGGAGCCGCGAGGUGUCCCCGGGGACCCUGACCCAGAUCGGCUGUCACAACUGCACCUGCGAGAACGGCACCCUGACGUGCCCAGCGCUGGCGUGCCCCUCGCCGGGCCCGUGGUCCCCCUGGUCCCGCUGCUCCCGCAGCUGCGGCGGCGGCACCCGGAGGCGGCAGCGGCAGUGCCGGGAGCGCCCCGGGGCGGGGCCGCCGUGCGGGGAGAGCCCCGGGGAGGAGACGGCGGCGUGUAACCCCCAGGCGUGCCCCGUGCCGGUCCCGGUGCCGUUCCCGGUGGCCCCAGGCUGCCCCCCGGGCGAGGUAUGGCUGGACCCCGGCCCCGCCUGCGAGCGCAGCUGCCAGGACCUGGCGGAGCCCCCCGGGACUUGCGGGGGGACCCCCGCGAACCUCAGAACCUCCGGAUCCCCGGCGACCCCCGGGACCCCCGUAACUCCGGACAGCUCCAGCACCCCCGGGAUCCCCGCGACCCUCGGCACUCCCGCGACCCUCGGGACCCCCUCGACCCCCCCGCGCUGCGUCUGCGCCCCCGGGCGGUACCGGAACGGCUCCGGGCAGUGCGUGAGCGCGGGGGGCUGCGGCUGCCGGCACCGCGGGGCGCUGCGAGCGGCCGGCAGUGAGUGGCAGGAGCCGUGCGGGACCUGUCGCUGCUCCGAGGGACGCGUCACCUGCGCCACCUCCUGCCCCGCACUCACCUGCCCGGAGGGCGCGGAGCCGGUGCUGGAGCCCGGGAGCUGCUGCCCCGUGUGCCGGGACGAGUGGCCAGAGGAGCCCCCCGGGCCGUGCCGGCUCCUCACGGCGCUCCGGACCAUCGCCAAGGGCGCGUGUGUCCUGCGGGGCGUCCGCGUCGCCUACUGCGCGGGGGCGUGUCGCUCCCGCACCGCCGUCAGCGCGCAGGAGCCGUACGUGCGGUCGCUGUGCGAGUGCUGCAGUUACCGGCUGGACCCCGGCCGGCCCGUGCGGGCCCUGCUGCUGCCGUGCCCCCGCGGCCGCCCCCGGCCCGCGCUGCUGCCCCGCAUCGCCGAGUGCCGCUGCGAGCCCUGCCGGGGCGGGGACUUCAGCCGGCGCUGAGGAGACCCCCGGACACCGCCCCUGCCCCCCGAUACCAAUAAACGGGC